UUUAAGUUGAGUUCUGUCCCAAAAUUAAGCAUAUAAUCCUUUUCUCGUUCUCUGGUCUGGAGAAACUCUGUUAUAUUUUCUGGGUUUCAGUCAGUUUUGCUCAGAGCUGUCUUCUUCAAUGGCGGCUCUUAACAUUUCGACAAGAAUGUCUCUCCUCAAACCCGAGAGGACCCCUGAUUUUCUACCGUCCUCCAAGCGCCUUAGCGAUUUCCUUGCAUUUCAAUCCAGACCCAGAAAGAAACGUGCCCAGAAGAGCCAUGCAUUCACUGUUAGAUCCAUGACUAUAGCCGAGGAGAGAUACCGAGGCCAGCUCAACUCGCCUAAUGGCCUUGCGGGGAGCCCUGACAAGUACUCUCUUUAUGAUGAUCAGUCCAUUGAAUAUUACUCUAUGGGCCAGGCAAGGGCGACUCCGAACAGUCGAAGAAAAACUAAGAUAGUUUGUACAAUUGGUCCCUCCACAAGCACACGUGAGAUGAUAUGGAAACUGGCAGAAACUGGAAUGAAUGUGGCACGUUUAAAUAUGUCUCAUGGGGACCAUUCAUCACACCAGAAAACCAUUGAUCUUGUUAAAGAGUACAACUCUCAGUUUGAUGACAAGGUCGUCGCCAUAAUGCUGGACACCAAGGGGCCUGAGGUUCGAAGUGGAGAUUUACCUCAACCUAUAAUGCUUGAAGAAGGACAAGAAUUUAAUUUUACAAUUAAAAGAGGAGUCAGCACAGAAAACAUUGUCAGCGUGAAUUAUGAUGCCUUUGUGAAUGAUGUGGAGGUUGGAGACAUGCUACUGGUUGAUGGUGGAAUGAUGUCUUUAGUUGUUAAGUCGAAGACACAUGAUACUGUUAAAUGUGAAGUAGUUGAUGGUGGAGAAUUAAAAUCAAGGCGUCAUUUAAAUGUUCGUGGCAAAAGUGCAAAUCUCCCUUCAAUUACAGAUAAAGACUGGGAAGAUAUCAAGUUUGGAGUGGACAACCAAGUCGAUUUCUAUGCUGUCUCUUUUGUAAAAGAUGCUAGAGUGGUUCAUGAGUUGAAAGAUUAUCUUAAAAGUUGCAAUGCAGACAUUCACGUGAUUGUAAAAAUUGAAAGUGCAGACUCUAUCCCAAAUCUUCAUUCAAUUAUUCCUGCAUCUGAUGGGGCAAUGGUUGCUCGUGGGGACCUUGGAGCUGAACUUCCGAUUGAGGAUGUUCCUCUCUUACAGGAGGACAUAAUUAGAAGGUGUCAGAGAAUGCAGAAACCUGUUAUUGUAGCAACAAACAUGCUGGAGAGCAUGAUUAAUCAUCCUACGCCAACAAGGGCAGAAGUCUCUGACAUUGCAAUUGCAGUACGGGAAGGUGCUGAUGCGGUCAUGCUUUCUGGAGAAACUGCCCACGGAAAAUAUCCAUUGAAAGCUGUCAAAGUAAUGCAUACUGUGGCAUUGAGGACUGAGUUAAGUCUACCAAUUAGCACUGCUCCUCCCAAUCUAUUGAGUACAUAUAAGAGUCACAUGGGUGAAAUGUUUGCUUUUCAUGCCACAACAAUGGCAAACACUCUUAAUACACCAAUUAUUGUUUUCACAAGAACAGGAUCUAUGGCUGUACUCCUAAGCCAUUAUCGGCCUUACUCAACAAUCUUUGCCUUCACAAAUGACAGAGAAAGGAUUAAGCAGAGGCUGGUGCUUUAUCAUGGUGUUCUGCCUAUAUAUAUGGAAUUCUCAAAUGACGCUGAAGAAACCUUCUCUAGAGCACUCAAGCUCUUACUGGAUAGGGGUCAUUUGAAAGAGGGAGAGGAUGUCACACUUGUCCAAAGUGGUGCGCAACCAAUAUGGCGUUCAGAAUCUACUCAUCACAUUCAAGUGCGUAGGGUCCAGAGUUGAUUUUGUGCUGGAAAGGAGUUUUAUUUUUUAGUGGCUGAUAGUAAACAAAAUGUUAAUUAAAGUUGUGAAUUGUAAGUAUAUAUAUGUAUGCAUUUUUGUUUUCUCUCUUAUUUUAAUUUAAAGAAUAUUUUAGUGAUCUUGCGAACAUCUUAAUAUUUGGGGUUCUAGGUAGAAGCUUUCUUUAUAACAGAUGGUGAUUGAGAUUUAGUCUAUCAAUUAUGCGGACAUAAAAUUCUCAACAUUCUUUAUUCCUUCUUGUUGUAAAGCUCAUGUGUAGAAUCCUUAUAAUUCCCAAGUAUUUAUAAAUGCUAUGGUUGUGUA